GGGUUCAGCGGUUUUACUCCUCUUAAGAUGCAAUGUGAAAUUUAACUUUACCAACAUAGCCCGGAUAGCGCUUCAAUAAACUGCCUUUUACACACCUAUCACAUGACCGAUGUAUUGCUGUGGUUGCUUUAGUCACAUGUCAUGUCUCAGUCAUGAACUUAUGAUAAAUCACGUGGUCCGAAUAUGUUUCGCUUCCUGCUUCCUCUUUGCAACCGAUAUUUAGGUUCUUUCAUAUUAUGAUACAGCACUUAUAUAGUGAAUAAUCUCUGUUUAAUAUCGUAUAUAUUUAUAUGCAAAACUAUAAUUUGCACGCAUCUUGCAAACGUACAAGUAUUACUACGGUACUAACUUGUAUUGCAAUAUCUAGCUCUAUGAUUUUGAAUCCAUCAACGUGUUUGAUAUCGUAAGUAAUUUUGCAUAUGAAGCAUAACGUGACACAUUUUUAAUGCGAUCUUCUUACAGUUAAACAACUGGAAAAAUACCGUUCGUCGUUAAUUACAGUGGUAGUUAGAUAACAUAUUUAAGAUAAAUAUUACUUAGUAUUGUUCUUUAUUUAGUUCAUAAACUGGAACUGUGGAUCUGCUGAUACUAAGAAGGAUGUCUGUGCUUGGACAACUGACCUGGUCUGUUCUAGUCCUCCUAGUCAUUGCUGAAUGGGGGCGAUGCCAAGGGCAGACCAAAAACUGUAAGCUGGCCAGUGACCAUGGGAGGGAAUCUGAAAUGGAGAGAAAACUGCUGAGCAAACUGGAACCCCUGGCUUCUCUGAGUUUCUCCGCUGUCAUUCAGGAUAAAGACGAUAGCUACAAGUAUUAUUUCUCAGUGUGUGGGAACGCGGCCAAUACCAGCAACGCAGGGCUGGUGCAAAUCGACAAGUCCGGCAUCAAAACUGUCAUCGGACAAUACACAGAGACUGAGAUAUUUGGAGGAAGUGACUGGGUGAUGCUGAUUUAUAAAAACGGUUCCACCUAUGACAGCCAUUGCAACAGUGAAAGCAGGAAGUCAAUGGUGAUGAUAUCCUGCAACAGAAACACUAUUGGGGAUAGUUUUACUGUGAUAGACGAGGAGCGCACCAAGCCCAAAGACUGCUUCUACCUAUUUGAGUUGGACUCCAGCACUGUCUGCCCCGAGAUCACCAACAAGCUGAGUGCCGGCUCCAUCCUGCUGAUCGUGUUUUUCUCAUGUCUGACUCUCUACAUUGUGGGCGGGUUCCUUUAUCAGCGAUUGGUCGUAGGAGCGAAGGGGAUGGAGCAAUUCCCCAACUAUUCCUUCUGGCAAGACCUGGGAAACCUGACAGCUGAUGGCUGUGACUUUGUCUGUCGAUCAAGAGCACGCAAUGCCCCUCCCACUUACAGGGGCGUGGCUUCGGAACCCCUCGGAGGGGAGGAGACUGAGGAGAGAGAUGACCACCUGCUGCCCAUGUGAUCUGUGGCAUCACUCCCUAGCACUGUGUCUGUCUGUGUGUCUGUCUGUCUUUAACUGGAGUAAAGACCAGAAUGAAAAGGGGCGCUUGUCAAGGUUUUAAAAUCAAAUUUUUUACCUCCUAUUAAUAUCACCAGCAACAUUAUCACCGGGUCCUAUUGUCAUGAAUCUGUUUGAAAUACUUAUGCAAAUAAUUCAAAUAUUACUGAAAAACUUCUGCAUCUUGGCUGCUGUAGGUCACUAGUCUGAUUACUGCUAGACGGUUGGAGUGAGUUUGACCUACAGCACACCAGGAAGUGUUUAUCCUGUUUAGCAUUGUUAUGUAGAUAACUGUAUAUUCCAAAAGUAUAACGUACAAAAUCAAAUGAUCUUCAACAGAAAGGAGGACCUGUUCUGUUAUUGCUAGUGCUAAUAAGAGGAAAGCGAACAGAUUUGUAAACCUUGGUUAGCGCUCCAGUAGCACUGUCAGCACAAAUAGUGAAGUUUGGUUCUCUUUGGAGAUGCGUGUGGUAGAAAACUGUUAGUUCGAUUGUGAUGAAACCUGUGUUAGCACAAGUUAUUGAAACCUUCAUUUCAAUAUCUGGUGGUGUAUGGCGUCUCUGUCUGUCUGUCCCACUUACAUUUUGGCAUGUAUCUAGACAACAGCUUAUCCACUUGUGAUUGGUCUUGCACGAGUUGAUAUUGUCAGAAUGUGGGGGGAAGUUGUCUGUCUGUCUGUCUGUCUGCAUGCAUGUUGCACUUGGAAUUUGACAUAGAUCUAGGAGCCACUUAUCCUAUUGUGAUGAAACUUGGUGAAGACAUUCUUUAGCACUAGCUUUGAGGGUGUCAGAAUGGCGGGGCGUUUGGGGGCUGUUUGUAUUUGUCCAUCUGUGUAGCACACUUACAUUUUGACGUGUAUCCAUAGAGGCAGUUAAUCAGUUGGGGUGAAACUUGGUAUGGACAUUCUUUAGCACCAGUUAUUGAGUGUAUCUUAAUAUUGGGGUGCAUGAAGACUGUCUGUAUCUCAGACUUUGCCCCCAUGUGCAUACAGUGGAUGUAGGUCGUGAUCUUUUUCAUGAUUCUGAUACAGCAGCUCUGUCUUUGUCCUUUACAGGACUUUGUAUCGGAAUCACUAUUCUGCAUUGCUCUUUCUAAGUCUGCUCUCCCUGCUUACAGUGUGCAGUAGAUGAGCAAGUUCAAGACUAACUGUCCCUUACCCAUUUGAAAAUCUGCAUUGAGAUGAUUUGAGAAGGAAGAGAGAGUUAGGCUGAUCCCAGGGCUCAAUACAGGACAGACUGAAAGACUCUUUUCAGAGUAGAAUGUAAAAGAAGGGAAAGAGGGCACUUGAUUGAAGUGUACACAAUCCUCAAUUUAAUACAGUUAACCAAAGUUGCUACAUUCACACAGCUGCACACAUUGUUGAACCUGGCUUGACAGCUAGUCAAUCACCGUUGCAGAAACAUAAUUUUUUGGGGAAAAUGAAGAUCAAAUAUCCCCACCCAGUCAGUCAUUGUGAAUUCAUGUUUAAUAAGUUAUUUGGGGUGGCACUGCACUUAACGGACUGCCUGCUCAUUAAAAUGUAUGAGGGGAGAUGAUUAUCUGUUCAGGAAUACUGUAGAUAUUGAGAGAGACAGAAAUCAAGGAAGCAAGCAAGGGGGAGGAGGGGGGAGUGCGGGGCUGUAGUGGGGUAAAACAAGGGGACAACUAAUGCCCCCCACCCCCCAAAAGCACCACAAAUCAGCAUUGGUGGUUGAAUACUUUUUUGAGUUACAAUUCAAAUAAUUGAUUGUACCUUAUUUUCAUAUGUUGUUUAUUGUUUUAGUCUGUCAAAAAUGUUCCCCUUUUAAAACUUUUAUUUUCUCCUUAAAGGGAUAUUGUCUACAUUUUCCAGAUAUUUCAUUCUUGCCUGUUGAGUGUCAUAUGAUGUGUGUUUUGUCAUUACAGUAUGUGGCUUACUAAGUAACUGUGCUUUUGAAAAGGCAUGUCAAGGUUGAAGUGAGGUGGGGAAGAAUAUUAGUGUUGCACUUUCCUGUCGGUUUCAGUGUAGCGUGCAACAGUGAUUUGCUACACAACCCCCCAAAGUCUUCAGCCUUGAGUAUUUUCAGACGUGAUAGUUGGUAGUUGGUACGCCAGAUAAUGGAGCAGAAACAUUACAGAAUUACACUGAACACAGAACAGGAUAUUAGAAAGGAAAUGUACCCUUUAAACUACUGUUUAGUCCGUCCAACUGCAACAUAUAUUAUUUCAGUUUUUUUUUUUUUUUUUUUUUGUGCUGUUACAAAGAAAAUGCUGUAAAUGCAAACCUUGCUUCAGUUAUUGUAUGUUUUUGGUUGUAAUGCUUUAUUUGUAUUAAUAUUAGUAUGAAACACGGAACCUACUUUGAUUGAGGGCUGGUUGUAGGAAGGGUUUGGUUUGCAGGUGCUUGCUUUUAAUUAUUUUAUUUUGUUUUGUGUGACAUCUAUGAUUGAUUUGUAUGUUUUCUCAUGAUUUCGAUUUGCUGUCAAUCAAUUAAAAUGUGACCAUUAA